GCCAAAGCCCAGGAAGGGAAACGGAAACCCUCCGCCUCCCCCUCCUCGUCGCAACGAGACGAAGGCCAUGGACUCCACCUACGCCCUCCACCUCGCCGUCGCCACGCUCCUCGGCGCCUCCGUCGCCGCCGCCUCCGCCUACUACAUGCACCGCAAGACCCUCGACCAGCUCCUCCGCUUCGCCCGCUCCCUCGACCGCCGCCUCCUCGACGCCGACGACCUGGAACUGGAACACCACCCUCCCGACCACGAUCGCCGGACCACCCUUCCCAUCCCGCCAGGCCUUCCGCCGCUUCACACCGCCCGAGAAGGAAAGCCGAUUAUUUCACCAGCUUCCACCAAAAGAGUUGGACCUCUAGUUAGACCUACUACACCAAGAUCCCCUGUUCCUAUUGUCAGUGCGUUUGAGAGUAUCGAAGAUUCAGAUGGUGAUGAUGAGAAUCUUGCCCCAGAUUCUAAAAACAAUGCCGUUUACUUGGGUACAAAUGGAGCUAUUGGAUCAGAUCCCCUUCCGGGUAAAGCAAAUCAGAAUGGGGAUGUAAAACCAGUAUCAUCAACAGACAUGAUUAGAUCUCAAAGUGCAACAGGUAGUCUGCAUGGGACCCAGCUCAAUCCAGUUGCUGCAGAUAUUCUUCGAAAGGAACCUGAACAUGAGACUUUCAGUAGGAUCAAUAUCACAGCUGUUGAGACUCCAUCUCCUGAUGAAAUUGAAGCAUAUAAAGUUCUUCAGAAAUGUCUUGAGCUACGAGAGAAGUAUAUCUUUAGAGAAGAAGUUGCUCCUUGGGAGAAGGAAAUCAUUACUGAUCCUAGUACUCCAAAACCUAAUCCAAACCCUUUCCAUUAUGAAUAUCAGACUAAAACUGAUCAUCACUUUGAAAUGGUUGAUGGUGUUGUUCAUGUAUACCCCAAUAAAGACUCUAAAGAAAGAGUCUUCCCUGUUGCUGAUGCUACUACGUUUUUUACUGAUAUGCACUAUAUCCUCCGUGUGUUGGCUGCUGGGGAUAUUCGAACCGUGUGUCAUAAACGCUUAAAUCUUCUAGAGCAGAAAUUCAAUCUUCAUUUGAUGGUCAACGCCGAUAGAGAACUACUUGCUCAGAAAGCUGCACCCCAUCGCGACUUCUACAAUGUCAGGAAAGUUGAUACUCAUGUUCAUCACUCUGCGUGCAUGAAUCAGAAGCAUUUGUUGAGAUUUAUCAAGUCCAAGUUGAGGAAGGAACCUGAUGAGGUUGUGAUUUUUAGAGAUGGGACCUACUUGACUCUCAAAGAGGUUUUUGAGAGUUUGGACUUGACUGGGUAUGACCUCAAUGUUGAUCUCUUAGAUGUGCAUGCUGAUAAGAGUACAUUCCAUCGCUUUGACAAGUUCAAUCUGAAGUAUAAUCCUUGUGGCCAAUCCCGCCUGAGGGAAAUCUUUCUUAAACAGGACAACCUUAUUCAAGGCCGAUUUCUUGCUGAAUUGACGAAAGAAGUGUUUUCUGACCUUGAAGCAAGUAAAUAUCAGAUGGCUGAGUAUCGAAUAUCUAUCUAUGGGAGAAAAAAAAGUGAAUGGGAUCAGAUGGCAAGUUGGAUAGUGAAUAAUGAAUUGUACAGCGAGAAUGUUGUUUGGUUAAUUCAGAUUCCUCGGAUAUACAAUGUAUACAGGGAGAUGGGCACAAUCAAUUCUUUCCAGAACCUGCUUGACAAUAUUUUUCUGCCUCUUUUUGAAGUAACUGUUGAUCCUGCUUCACAUCCUCAGCUGCAUGUCUUCUUGCAACAGGUCGUUGGGCUGGAUUUGGUGGAUGAUGAAAGCAAACCAGAGAGGCGCCCAACAAAACACAUGCCCACACCUGAGCAAUGGACUAAUGUUUUUAAUCCAGCAUAUGCAUAUUAUGUAUACUAUUGUUAUGCUAACUUGUACACACUGAACAAGCUUCGUGAGUCCAAGGGUAUGACAACAAUCAAACUUCGUCCACACUGUGGGGAGGCUGGCGAUAUUGACCAUCUUGCUGCAGCAUUUCUUACUGCUCAUAAUAUUGCUCAUGGGGUGAACUUAAAGAAGUCCCCUGUACUCCAGUAUCUGUAUUACCUAGCUCAGAUUGGUCUUGCCAUGUCUCCUUUAAGCAACAAUUCGUUGUUUAUAGACUAUCAUCGAAACCCUUUCCCAACAUUUUUCCUAAGAGGCCUUAAUGUUUCUCUCUCAACUGACGACCCUUUGCAAAUUCACCUGACAAAAGAACCUUUGGUUGAAGAAUAUAGCAUCGCUGCUUCGCUGUGGAAGCUAAGUUCAUGCGACCUGUGUGAAGUCGCUAGGAAUUCUGUCUACCAGUCUGGUUUCUCUCAUAGGCUCAAGUCACACUGGAUUGGUAGAAACUACUAUAAAAGAGGUCAUUAUGGCAAUGACAUUCACCAGACAAAUGUUCCUCACAUCAGGAUUGAAUUCCGACACACUAUUUGGAAAGAAGAAAUGGAGCUGAUAUACCUCGGGAAGGUUGACCUACCCGAAGAAAUUGACAGGUGAAGACCUGGGCAAGGAUUAUGAAAGCCCCGACGUCCUUUUGUUGGUGGUCCUGGAAGGCACCCCCAUCUUCCUACCAAAUGCUUGGGACCGUGCAUAUUCUACUUGCUUGCGGAAGGGAGGAGUAAGGGAUCUGGCAUGAUUCUACUUUUCGAUGAAUCUCCGUAGCAUGUUGGUGGAGAGUUCCCGAAUACUAGGAUUUUGAUAAGAAAUUAAUUAUGUUAGGACAGAGACCGUACCACGAAAUAAGUUACUGAAAGCAUACUGAGGAAGGUUAAACAUGCAUUGGGGGAAUCGGAUAGUCCAAAAUUAUGGUGGGGAACUGAUCACCUUGAAACUAAGGGUCUAAUGAGGUGAUAUACGUGCUGUAAGUUAUUAAUACAGGCGUACAUUUAUACGUGUGACAUCGUUCGGUA